UAUUUAAAGUAAUAUAAAAUUGCAAAGAAAGGAUGUUUGUUUCUGCUUCUCCAUAUUUGGAGAUACAAGGUUUUCUUGUGUUUGUUUGUGUGUGUGUUUUUAACUGGACUAAUUUGUUAAUUAUUACAAAAGUAGCCAAAAAUAUUGCCAUUUUUUUCUUGCUACAAGCUUACAAAAUAAAUCCAAAGCAUUGUUUCAUAGGUAAGAGAAACAGAUUUUUAGUGACUGUUUUUUCAUACAGUGGUCAUCAUUGAGGAUGCUCACUAUAUUAAAUGUCUUCAUCCAGUAGGUCUAUUUCAUGUGAAUAAUUUUUUUACUAGGUAGAUAACAAUGUACAUAAAAUUUUCUAAUAAGAUACUCAAGUCAACAAAGUUAAAGGUAAAAGGUAAGAUGGUGCUAGUGUUCAUUUUGUUUGCUCAAAAAGAAUCAGAAACUGUCAGAUGACAAAAAUGACAACGUAUGCUGAAAAUUUGUAGUCUGGCCAAAAAAAUUUUAGUACUUUAAAUUUAAGUCAGAAAAGUAUAGAAAAUUACUUUUCCUUGAUAUCAGUGUUUGAAACAGCAUAAGUAGCAGACAGGUGUCAAACUGGAGGUCUGCCACCAUGUUUCGUUCAGUCGAUGCAAGAAAGAACACAAUAUAUUUACCCUUGAGCAAUGUUAACUAGACUUCACACUGGAUACAGCACGUAAGCUUAUAGUGGCCACUCAUUUACAUUGUAUAUGGUCCGUCCACAAACUUCCAUAUAACAUGCAAACUUCCAACAGUGUUUGUGAAACAUGAGGGAUGGGCCAACUGUAUUUACAAUUCAGUUCUUUUAAAUGUGGUGGGACAGUGAGACAGUGAAUAAACAUGUACAUGUAGUAUUAUUAUUUCUUACUCAACAUCAGGAAUUGCAAAAGAAUGAUGACAGAAAGCAUAGGUUGUUUUUAAAGAUGCAACAUGAUGGUUGUUGGUGCCAGAGAGGCUGAGUAUUUCAGAGUCUGUGCCCGUGAUAGCCUCAGAUUCUUGUUCUUGGCUGACAGGAGUGGAACGUGAUGUGGUCCUCUGCUGUUGUAGCUCAUCCACCUCAAGGUUUGAUGUGUAGUACUUUCUGAGAUGCUUUUCUGCUCAGCUUGGUUGUAAAGAGUGCUUAUUUGAGUUACUAUAGACCUCCUGUCAGCUAAAACUAGUCUCAUCAUUCUCCUCUGACCUCUCUCAUCAGUAAGGUGUUUCAGCCCGCAGACCAGGUGAUUUUUGUUUUUCCGUUCUGUGUAAACUAUAGAGACUGUUGUGUGUGAAAUUUCCAGGAGAUCAGCAGUUUCUAAAAUACUCAGACCAGCCCAUCUGGUACCAACAACCAUGCCAUGGUUAAAGUCACAGAGAUCACACUUUUUCUUCAUUCUGAAGUUUUAUAUCAAUAUUAACUGAGUGUGCAGAACCAGUAAAAAAAAAUGUACAGAAUACUGUCACCUGGUGUUACUUUGUGUGUCAGAAGCACUUGAUAAUAUUCUCGUGCUGUGACAGUUACAUGCCAUGGCUGAUUAAUGCCAGUAAUAUUCUGUUGUAGUUAGUGACAUGUUAUUUGUUAAAAGUUCUGAAGUAGUGUUAAUUGCUGGAAAUGCUGCAAAUAAAUAUAUUUUAAAUCAAUAUUUUGGUAUUUAAUAUGUUUUAAAAAAUGAUAGAUUAAUCGAUUACCAAAAUAAUCAUUGCAGCCCUAAUUUAGACCCCUAAUGAGCAAGCCAACAAUGGCAAGGAAUUGCAUACUAUAAAGUCAAACAUGCUAAGUGUAUUGAAAGUAUGUUCAAUAUGAACAUCAGGGUCUUUUGAUUAUAGCAGCAGGUACAAGUCUACAGUGUCCAGGUGAGAUUAUCCAAAGAAGAAAGGACGAAAUUUGGGCAUAAACUGUUAUUGGGAGCAAAUCUUUCGGGUAUCCAUGUGGCCACAUCCACAGAAGCACAAAGUGAAUCACAAGUGCAGAAGUAUGAUCAGGUUGAAUCAGGCAGGUCCAAAGAGAAUGCACAAUACUAGAACUGUGUCAGGAUCAGGCCCUGGCAUCACAUCAGCAAGCAGGUAUGCAUGUACAGUUCAACAGAGAAGUUGCUGGAGACCGAAGACAACAGAGGUUGUCGACUGAGUCUCGUGAAGGCGCAGAUAGGUCGCGGGUUUAUAGUUUUUAUUAAAAAAAAUUCUCAGUUAAACCAAAUUAAGAGGGCUUGGCUAGAGAGACAUUCAGUGGGUCAGGUGAUCUGCAGAUGGGUAUAAACUAGACAAAGCAAAUAAGAGAAUGGGAAACAGGCAUGGGUCAAAACAAAGAAGCAAUAGAUAAGCCUUUGCCCUGUUGGUGAGAGACUGUGGAAUCGAAUCCCAAUGAUGCCACAGCCAUCCGGGGUUGGGAGUCCAAGAGUGUAUAAUUGGCCUUGCUCUCUAGGUGAGAGGGUAAGAAGUGUCAUACUCGCUCGCUUGUCAGAGUGACACUAGCCAUCUGCGAGCUCAUGAAUGGUUGAAGAGGGCAGUUUUCCUCUGAGUGUGUUUAGCUAGUAUGAUGUAGCAUGAGCAGCAGUUUGAAAGAAUGUGGUGGCUAGCUUUCACCCUCCCUGGUUGUGAUAGGGAAGAGCUAGCUAGUGAGUGGGAAUGGGCUCACUGCACAAACAUUUCCGCAUUCUUCUUAGUACUGCUCCUGCAUUUCCAGUGCUUUUACUAUACCUGUGUUGGCAAUAUUUUACUGUUGAUGCCUGUAAAAGCUCUGAACAAAGACUUCAACCUGUAUGCUUUGUCAUACAUACACAACUGAAAAUAAUUCUUAUAUAGCUGGACUUAAGGUCCAGGUCUGGAUCUAAAUAUAUUUUAUUAUGAACAGGGUACAAAAUCUCGGAGUGGAAAAAAAUACCUUUCUUGGCAAUCUGUGUGAAAUUUUGCGUGCUCCUCUUUUGUUUCCUCCAAUCACGAAGGCUUUGAAUCAGUUUCUGUGACAAAAUACAUAACUGAGACAGGCUAUUGGUGUAACAGACUGUGCUAGUCAAAAUAUGUUUUGCUAAUCAACAGUAGGGUAAUUUUGCGUUCACAAAAUAAAACAGCAUGUUUAAAAUUGCUCAGUACCAAGAAAGAGAAAGUCAGCAGUGAAAACUGCUCAUUUUAAGAAACGUGGACUAAACAAUACAGGUUCAUUAUCCCUGUGAGAAGUAUGAAGCCAGCAGAGUUUCCGCUAGCCUGUAAAUACUGGUUUUUGAUCGUUUAAAAAUUCCCAGUGUACGAUAAAAUCAAAAAUAGAUAAAUAUUAACACGAAUCAGACAUAUGUUAGACAAAGUACGUUUGCAGUUGCACACCUAAUUAAGAUCUCUGUCUGCGCAAAUAUUAUUUUUUUCACAUUUCUCCUGUAACAUAUACUCUGAUUAGCACUUCACUGCCGUGGAGGUUUAACUUUUCUGACAGCUUGCAAAGCCUUAAACUGUGACUACAGCCAGUUGUAUCCUGAGUGGGCCACAUUGGCAAAAGUAGCUUGUGUCAUUCCCGUCUCUAGUGUGCACGCAGAGAGAGGCUUCUCACUGCAGAAUCGCAUUAAUACAGCCUUGCCUAGCCCCCUUCAGGUGGAGAAGGUCACCAGGCUGAUGCACAUCUCAAGCCGCAGAGAAACACUGGACACAUUUGAUUACACUUCGGCAGCAGAGCGCUUCUCUGGCGUGAAAUAUCUCAGAAAAUAGUCAUAAAAAUGAAGAGAAACAACUUAGCGUGGGAAAUUAUAUGAUUUUCUUUAAUUUAAUAUUUCUUUGUAAAUGAAAAUAUAUGUGGCAAACUGCAGUUUAACGUUUAGCUGUGCCCUGUUUUCAUUUUGAAUGUUCGUCUAAUUAGGUGCUAAUUCCAUGACUGCUGUUUAUUUUGAAUAUUGUGGAAAAGAAAUUUGACUUAAUUGUUUUGUUAUAAUAAUCGCAUAUGCUAUGCAUGGUCCACAACUUUACUGUGCAAAAUAAACACCGAAAUGAGAUGACUGGAUUUUUUCCAGUUUGUCUGAUAAACUUCAUCAUUCUUGGACACGUUUGCUGGCACCAAAAUGUCUUAGUGGAAACUUUUUCAUCGUGUCAGAUUUAAGUAGGAGGAAGUUAUUCAGCAUCCAGUGUCAUCCAGUAAUGUUCAUUACACAUUCCUCAACUUUAUUAAGCUGGUGUCUCAUCUGGCUUUGUUGAAACAUGCAACUGUGUGUCAUCAGCUAACAGUGGAAGCUAAUACCAUGUUUACGAUCAGUGGUGUCAAAAGCUGUACUAAGGUCAAGCAACUCAAGCAAGGAGUCACAACCCUGAUCAGAGGCCAGUAGUCAUUUACCACUUUAACCAGCGCUGUCUUAGUGCAGUGAUGAGGCCUAGCUUAUAGAUUCUGAUAGAUUUUAUGAAUGUUAUUCCUGUGUAUGGAUGAGAAUAACUUCUGUGCUAUAACGUUAUCUUGGAUCUUGGUAAAGGGGAUGUUUGAUAUUGGUCUGUAGUUGGACAGCUGACAGGGGUUGAGUGGGACAGCCAGGUGUGCGAUGGCGGUGAAGGAGCGCUUAGAGGCUGUGCUGAAUGUGGGCCUACGGGUUCCCAGCAUCAUGCUGCUGGAGGUGCUAUACCGCUGGGAUGUGAGCUCCUUCUUCCAGAAGAUCCAAAGGAGCAGUAUGAACAACAACCCCCUCUUCCAGUACAAGUACCUAGCUCUCUACCUUCACUAUGUAGGCUAUAUUCUGAGUCUGGUUUUGCUGACCCUGCCUCGUCAGCGUCUUGUUCAGCUCUACCUGUACGUCCUCACUGCUCUACUGCUUUUCGCUGGACACCAGAUUUCAAGGGACUAUGUACGUGGUGAGCUGGAGUCUGGGUAUGAGGGCCCGCUCUACUUGGAGCCUCUGUCUAUGAAUCGCUUCACCACGGCCCUGAUCUGCCAGCUGGUGGUGUGUACUCUGUGCUCAUGCGUCAUGCAGACCAAGCGGAUCUGGCUCUUUUCGGCCCACUUACUCCCCCUGGUGGCCAGAUUGUGUCUCGUGCCUCUGGAGACCAUUGUGUUUGUAAAUCGCUUUGCCAUGAUUUUCACCGGACUAGAGGUCAUCUACUUCCUAGCCUCUAACCUGCUAGUGCCUUUCAACCUCGCCAAGACUGCAUACAGGGAGCUGGCACAGGUGGUGGAGGUGUAUGGGCUUCUGGCCCUUGGCAUGUCUCUGUGGAAUCAGCUUGUUUUGCCCGUGCUGUUCAUGUGCUUCUGGCUAGUUCUGUUUGCUCUGCAAAUCUACACCUAUUUCAGCACCCGGGACCAGCCCACUUCCAGGGAGAGGUUGCUUUUCCUCUUUCUCACCAGUAUUGCAGAAUGCUGUAGUACCCCAUACUCUCUGCUUGGACUGGUGUUCACUGUGUCAUUUGUAGCUCUGGGUGUGCUUACUCUCUGCAAGUUCUACCUGCAAGGCUACAGGGCCUUCAUGAAUGAUAACACAAUGCACAGGGGAAUGACUGAGGGAAUCACGCUGUUGAUUCUGGCAGUUCAGACUGGUCUAAUUGAGCUCCAGGUCAUCCACCGAGCCUUCCUUCUCAGUAUCAUUCUCUUCAUUGUGGUUGCUUCCAUUUUGCAGUCCAUGCUGGAGAUCGCUGACCCCAUAGUGCUGGCACUAGGGGCAUCCAGAGAUAAGAGCUUGUGGAAACACUUCCGUGCAGUUAGUCUUUGCCUGUUUCUACUCGUAUUCCCAGCUUACAUGUCCUACAUGAUCUGCCAGUUCUUCCACAUGGACUUCUGGCUUCUCAUCAUCAUCUCCUCCAGCAUCCUUACAUCUUUGCAGGUGUUGGGCACACUGCUGAUCUAUGUGCUCUUCAUGGUGGAGGAGUUGCGCAAGGUGCCGAUGGAGAACAUGGACGACGUGAUCUACUGCGUGAACGGCACCUACCGGAUGCUGGAGUUUGUGGUAGCUCUGUGUGUGGUGGCAUAUGGCGUUUGUGAGACAGUGUUUGGUGAAUGGACUGUGAUGGGCUCCACUAUUGUACUUGUACACUCCUACUACAAUGUGUGGCUGCGGGCACAGCUGGGUUGGCAAAGCUUUUUACUCCGUCGCGAUGCCGUCAACAAGAUCAAGAGCCUGCCUACAGCCUCUGAACAGCAGUUGCAGCAACACAAUGACAUCUGCUCCAUCUGCUAUCAGGACAUGACUUCAGCUGUCAUCACACCAUGUAAUCACUUCUUCCAUGCUGGCUGUUUGAAGAAGUGGCUGUAUGUGCAGGAAGCCUGCCCUCUGUGCCACAACCAGCUAAAGAGCUCGGGACAACGGGAGGGCGGUAUGGAUGUGCCGCCACAACCUGAUGCCACCAUCCAGGAGGCCCAGCCCGAGGCACCCAUGCCUGCCUCAGCUUCAGCGGAGGUGGAAAAUGGCGAGGAAGGGGAAGUGGAGGCCAGCACUCCUGCUGAGACUGAGCUUCCUCCGUCCUCUUCCACAGGCUAAUGGCUGCUCUUGCCAGGCUGUCAGCCCAGAAAUGAGCCACACCCCCUCUGAUGUCAUACUCAGUAAAUGCUGGCCAAAGGAGGCGAAAUGUUUCUGAAUAUGGGAUUCGGUGGGUAGCAGCGUUACUGAUGUGGUAGCUGUAGGACCUGUGUGCCCAACAGACAUCCUUACAAUCAAACACUCCAUAUUAUGUCCUUUGUACUUUUCUGUAAACCUGUUGCUGCUUUUACAACUUCCAUUUCUGUUCAUUGCAGUGGCAUUUUGCUAAUAGGAAUGCCUGAACACUUACCCCCAAAUACAUACAAACAUCAGCUUGCAAACCUGCGCCACUUCCAUGUCUAUCCAAGGCCUAGAGGACUACAAAUGGGUUCUAGACCCAUCAACUGUUACAAAACCGUUUACCAAACUGAAUGUGACCAUGUGUCCCUUAGACAGUGCAUUGGUGCGCUAUAUGCACCCAGUACAUAUUCACUAGCACGCUUUUAGUAUCCACAAAUAGCAGUAGUGAUAUGGGUUAUUUUUUUUUUGUUUUGUUUUGUUUUGUUUUUUGUUUUUAUAGUUUAUAUAUAUAUAUAUAUAUAUAUAUAUAUAUAUAUAUAUAUAUAUAUAUAUAUAAAAUAUAAAAAAAAUCUCUGUAUAUGCCACUGCAUUUGCACUAAUGUAACACAAAAGCAAUGCUCCAAAGUUGUCUUGUCAGGUACCAAAUAUUUUGGUGUAUAUGCGCAUUGAAACAAGUUCUAGAUAUGAAAUAUAGUUAGUACAUAGUGUAAAUGUCUUUGUAAAACUGUUUUAAUAUGCAAACAUACAGUGUUAAGGAGCACCAGGUUGUGUGAAGUGGCUGAGGCUUGCAUGAGCACUUUUAAUGGCCUUGUGUGGUCAAAGUGGGAAAAGCUAAAGGCCAUGGAUGUGAACUGGUGACAGUAGAUGACCAAACUCCCUUUCAUCAGUAUUAUUUGGCAUUUAUUGCAUUUGUGAGCAUGAAUACAUUUAACAAUGUAUGAGCAAACUAAGCAAUGCCGCUUUUAUUUAUUUUGCAACUUAACUAAUUUCUACAAAAUGACACUUGGCUUAGAGGGAAAGGAAUUUUUACAUUUAUUAAAGGGGGGUGGGAUUUUUUUAAAGAAUGAUUCAGACAUAUUUUGCCACUGUAACUGAGAAUGAAGAGCCUGAUCCUUGCAUCAUUCUGAUUUCGUUUUCUAUGUUGCUAUUUUACUACAUGACUAUGUGAAAUGAUGUCCUGAGCGAGCUGACUACUGGAUUGCAACUGAGCUCAGUAAAAUAUGCCUGAGGUUUGACAAUGAAUGUGAGAAUAAAUCAAAACCUACAAUAUGAAA